AUGGUUAAGGGAUAUGACCAGCAUGGUGCAAUGGUCAAGGGAUAUGACCAGUAUGGUGCAAUGGUCAAGGGAUAUGACCAGCAUGGUGCAAUGGUCAAGGGAUAUGACCAGUAUGGUGCAAUGGUCAAGGGAUAUGACCAGUAUGGUGCAAUGGUCAAGGGAUAUGACCAGUAUGGUGCCAUGGUCAAGGGAUAUGACCAGUAUGGUGCAAUGGUCAAGGUAUAUGACCAGUAUGGUGCAAUGGUCAAGGGAUAUGACCAGUAUGGUGCAAUGGUCAAGGGAUAUGACCAGUAUGGUGCAUUGGUCAUGGGAUAUGACCAGCAUGGUGCAAUGGUCAAGGGAUAUGACCAGCAUGGUGCAAUGGUCAAGGGAUAUGACCAGUAUGGUGCAAUUGUCAACGGAUAUGACCAGUAUGGUGCAAUGGUCAUGGGAUAUGACCAGCAUGGUGCAAUGGUCAAGGGAUAUGACCAGUAUGGGACUGUCAACCACGAAUGA